AUGAACAGUUCCAAGGGGGCGCCUAUGGCCAGCCACCUCGGCGAGAACCUGUGUCGCUUUAAGAACGUGAGCGGGGAACUGGUCUUAGUGUCGUGCACGGGGGGCGUGGUGGCCCAGCCGCAACACCACCACCACCAGCAGCAGCACCAGCAGCACCAGCACCUCCAGCCGCCGCUGCAGAACGACACGUACGACGACUAUGACACCUACUACGACUACGAGCACAGCAACCUCACGGACGAGCAGUGGAGCAUCGUCCGCCAACUCAACCUGUACUACGUCCCGCUCCUCAUCGUGGUCGGGUUCGUGGGCAACCUCCUCUCCUGCGUGGUGUUCCUCAACACGAGGCUCAGGAUGAGGUCGUCCUCGUACUACCUCGCCGCCCUCGCCAUCGCCGACGUCACGUACCUCUUCAUCCUUUUCCUCGUGUGGCUCGACCUUCUCGGCUUCAAUACGUUUAAUAUUAACGUCAUGUGUCAGCUGGAGAUCUACCUCGGGUCCGUCUCGAGUUCUCUCAGCGUGUGGCUGACGGUCGCCUUCACCGUAGAGAGGUUCAUCGCCGUCCAGUACCCCCUCCAGCGGCCUACCGUCUGUACCGUGCACCGUGCUAAGACGAUCAUCCUGUCGCUGUCCGGGUUCAGCGCUACGGUCCACAUCUACGUCUUCGUCACGGCCGGGAUUAUCAACAAUUAUGAAGGUGUCCAGGUCACAGAGUGCAACCUGCUGACUGACUACAAAGGUCUCAUGAACGUCAUCAAUUGGAUAGACACUCUCCUUACGCUAGUCAUACCCUUCAUCAUGAUAGUCGUCAUGAACACACUCAUCGCUAGACAACUUAUCAAGUUCUCGAGAAGGUUCAGACAUCGAGAUGACUUCCUUCACCUACAGGAGGUCGAGCGAGGUCAGCCCAACGUGCUACAUAAGGAACCGAAGUGUGAUCAGUCCCUCGUGAACCUGUAUUGGGAAAUCACCCCUUUUGCCUCAUACUUCUUGGGUUUCUGUUUCCGUGGAACUCGUGUGGUCGAUGCAGUCUCUUCGGCUUCUCGCUUAACUUCAGAAAUGACCCCAGUGACGGACCCUAGCGGUACGAGCAGCCACUCCAGAUCUCCGUGUGGGGGCUCCGGCCGCAGCAUCAACAGAAUCUCGAAGCAGCAUCUCAGCCAACCCGCGGCCUCCUCCUCGUCCUCCACCACGAAGAACAACAAUAACCUCAAGAUGGCUGCCCCCUUCGCUACUUCGGCCGCCACGGUUCUUUCGUACUCGAGCAAGAACCCUCGAAGCAUCCUGUCCACGAGGACCCAGUACUCCAUCACCAAGAUGCUGCUCCUCAUCUCCACUGUUUUCAUUCUCCUUAAUCUUCCCAGUCACGUGAUCAGAGUGCACGCCUUCAUCACCAGCCUGUGGGAACACGACGCGGGCGGGGACGAAGUAACCAUGUGGAACUUGCAACAGCUGUUCAUGCAACUUCAGUACACGCACUUCAGCAUCAACUUCGUCUUCUACUCCACGUGCGGAGCCACAUUCAGGAGGUGUCUUUUCCAACUGCUUCCCAUGCGACUCAGGACAUGUUGCUGUAGACAGAGUACGAACUCACAGCGGUACCAGUAGUUUAGGAAAAGGAAGAAGGAUUGGCAUAAAAAGAAAACGAAAAAGAAUGAU